GGGCUCUGUGGCUGUAUGCCCACACACACACACACACUCAUCCCUGUCCUCCUCUCUCAGGGCUACACGUCAUUCUGGAACGACUGCAUCUCGUCGGGGCUGCGUGGCUGCAUGCUCAUAGAGCUGGCCAUCAGAGGACGACUACAGCUGGAGACCUGUGGCAUGAGGAGGAAAAGCCUGCUCGCCAGGAAGGUGAUCUGUAAGUCAGAUGCUCCAACAGGGGACGUGCUAUUGGACGAGGCUCUCAAACACGUGAAGGAGACCCAGCCCCCAGAGACGGUGCAGAGCUGGAUUGAGCUGCUCAGCGGUGAGACGUGGAACCCUCUGAAGCUUCACUAUCAGCUGAGGAACGUGAGGGAGCGCCUGGCCAAGAACCUGGUGGAAAAGGGUGUGCUGACCACGGAGAAACAGAACUUCCUCCUCUUCGACAUGACCACUCACCCGCUCACCAACAACAACAUCAAACAACGCCUCAUCAAGAGGGUUCAGGAGGCCGUGUUGGAGAAAUGGGUCAACGACCCACACCGCAUGGACAAGCGGCUGCUCGCCCUCAUCUUCCUGGCCCACUCGUCUGAUGUCCUGGAGAAUGCCUUUUCCCCUCUGCUGGACGACCAGUAUGACCUGGCCAUGAAGAGAGUACGGCAGCUCCUGGACCUGGAGCCAGAGGGAGAGAGCACGAAGACCAACGCCAAUGAGUUGUUGUGGGCCGUGGUGGCCGCCUUUACCAAGUGACCUACCACCUUCAGACAACAGAGGGUUGGGUUGGUUAAUGACGAUGGUGGUGGGUAUGGUGUGAAGGGAGAGGGAGAUGACAGGACGGUUUGCGUGGGUCAGAGAGGAGAGUGCUCGUCCUGACUUGAGUUCACCUCUGCCUAGGCUUUUCUGAACAGAAUAGACCGCUCCAAACCUGUCCGGCGAUUUUCCUGUUUUCUUUCCUUGUAGAUAACUCACUCACUCCUUCCUCCAUCAUGGUAUUUUGCGUCUCUGCGAGAUGCAAUAUAAUCGCUGACUUCUUCAAACAAACAAAAACACCCAAAAAAACUCCCCUCAUGGAGAAAUGUUUUGGAUACUGGACUGACUGAAAUAUGAAGAUUCAAUCAUCUUCCUCUUCCUCAGAAAUGUCUUUCUUCAAAGUAUGUUAUGUAUUUCUGUAUUCUCUCCAGGUACCUAGCUCUAAUUCACUGUAACAUGUAUUAAUCCACUGUUGUUCAGUGAUGUACAUACAGAUUCCAUGUACAUGAAUGAAACAUAGUAACACUAUAUGAACACUAGAGAAUAUUUUUUUGAGGGGGGUUGAUUUCCUCUCCAACGUGAUGAUGACGACAUGGUCUGAAGAUUCCUGUUUCUGAUUUUACACUUGUGUUUUAUGAACGAAUGCUUCUCUCAUUAAGGUGUUUGGGUUCCAGGUAAAUGUGAGAGAUCAGGGCUCCGUCUGAGUUCUACCUUACUACAAAUAUAUAUAUAUAUAUUAGUUAACUUAGUGUCGUAGUGUACUAUAUAGGGAAUGGUCUCUGUUAAUUUUCAGAUUAACUAAACCCUUCAGGCCAGUUUUUCGUCUCUAAAGAGUUCUGCUGAGGUAAAGACAUCUGCAUUCAUAGGUUCGGUUUGCUCCGACACCCGAGAGUUCAGUCUUGUCUGUUUCGACUGGGAAGCAUAAGGUAAGCUUGUGUCUAUCUAGCUCUGGGAAUCAUCUUUGGACCAGGGCCCACUAGUGCACUAUAGAGGGAACAGGGUCCCCCUAGUGCACUAUAGAGGGAACAGGGUCCCCCUAGUGCACUAUAGAGGGAACAGGGUCCCCCUAGUGCACUAUAGAGGGAACAGGGUCCCCCUAGUGCACUAUAGAGGGAACAGGGUCCCCCUAGUGCACUAUAGAGGGAACAGGGUCCCCCUAGUGCACUAGAGAGGGAACAGGGUCCCCCUAGUGCACUAUAGAGGGAACAGGGUCCCCCUAGUGCACUAUAGAGGGAACAGGGUCCCCCUAGUGCACUACAGAGGGAACAGGGCCCCCCUAGUGCACUAUAGAGGGAACAGGGACCCCUAGUGCACUAUAGAGGGAACAGGGUCCCCCUAGUGCACUAGAGAGGGAACAGGGUCCCCCUAGUGCACUAUAGAGGGAACAGGGUCCCCCUAGUGCACUAUAGAGGGAACAGGGUCCCCCUAGUGCACUACAGAGGGAACAGGGCCCCCCUAGUGCACUAUAGAGGGAACAGGGACCCCUAGUGCACUAUAGAGGGAACAGGGUCCCCCUAGUGCACUAUAGAGGGAACAGGGUGCUAUUUGGGAUGCAGGCAUUUGUCUGUGCCUCAGCCUUUCUUCAGUGUCUACGUUUCUGUCCGUCCUUCUGAACGUGAUUUCGUAACGAAGAAACCGCUCCAAUGAUCCAGUACGGAAUAAAAGGAUCAUCUCUUCUAGAACUUUCUAGAACUUUCACCUAUCAUGUUUCUUGAAGUCAUUCAGGUUAUUUUUGUAACUUUCUCAUAAUCAAUUUGUCAACAGUUGUUGUGUCUGUUCACUCCAAAGGUCUGAAAUGAAUAAAACAAAUCAAAAUGA